AUGAAAAUAUCCGAUGCCUUAAGGCGGCUGGAUGCCUAUCCACGCACAUUGGAAGAUUUUCGUGUACAAAGUGUUAGUGGGGCCAUAAUUACUUUAAUUAGCACCAUAAUUGUUGUAAUAUUAAUUUUCUUGGAAUUUAUGGCAUAUAUGACACCCAAUCUCACCGAAGAUCUCUUUGUCGAUACAACACGUACCCACAAAUUAAAAAUUAACUUAGACAUCACUUUACACAAUUUAGCCUGUAAUUAUGUAUCCUUGGAUGCCAUGGAUUCAUCGGGUGAUCAACAUUUACGUGUUGAUCAUGAUAUAUUUAAACAUCGUUUAGAUUUGCAAGGAAAUCCGCUGAAAGAAACUGCACCGAUUAAGGAAAUUGUCGCAGUUUCGCCUACAAAUAAAAAUACAACAUGUGGCAGUUGUUAUGGUGCCGAGUUUAAUAGUACACACUGCUGUAAUACGUGUGAAUCGGUUCUGGAGGCAUAUCGUUUCAAGAAAUGGAAUGCUCCUCUGGAUAAAAUCGAACAAUGUAAAGAUCAAUAUAAACGUUCAGAUGCUGAUGCCUUCAAGGAGGGAUGUCGCAUCCAAGGACAUUUGGAAGUUAAUCGGAUGGCCGGUUCAUUUCACUUAGCUCCUGGAAGUUCAUUUUCAAUACGACAAUUUCACAUACACGACUUUCAAGUAGCCAAUGUUAAAUUGGCACACACAAUUAACCACCUGUCGUUUGGAGAUAAAAUUGAAUUUGCCACAACUCAUCCAUUGGACGGGUUCAAGGUGAUACCAGAAGAAGAGGAUGGCAAAUCGGAAAUGUACAAUUACUAUUUGAAAAUUGUACCGACAGUCUAUGUAAAACCCAAUUCGGCGCCCAUCAAUACAAAUCAAUUUUCGGUUACCCGUUAUCGCAAGGAUCUGGGUAGUAAGGAGCGCGGUAUGCCUGGCAUAUUUUUCAGUUAUGAAUUAUCACCACUUAUGGUGAAAUAUGAGGAAAAUCAAAGAUCCUUUGGCCACUUUGCCACCAAUUGCUGUUCAAUUAUCGGUGGUGUAUUUACAGUGGCUGGUAUAUUAGCCGUUUUCCUCAACAAUUCAUGGGAAGUGUUACGCAAUAAAUUGGAAAUUGGCAAAUUAAGUUAA